UUAUGAUCUGCCCUGCUGACAGCCACCUGACUGGAAUACUGCGUCCAUAACUGCAGUCUGCUAUAUAAGGACUCGUCUCAGACACCUUAGAUCAACCUUCAGGUGCUUCUACCUUGGACUUUAUCACACACACCGAAGCGGAGGCAGUGCUUGUGUUCAGUCGAGAUGAAGCUGCUGCUGGUUGUUGCUGCUGUUCUGGCUGUUGCCAGCUGUGCCAGCAUCUCGCUGGAAGACUUGGAAUUCCAUGCCUGGAAGCUGAAGUAUGGGGUGACCUACCACUCUCAGUCCGAGGAGGCUCUCCGCAGGCAAAUCUGGCUGGAAAAUCGCAAAGUCGUGCUGGUACAUAACAUCAUGGCAGACCAAGGAAUCAAGUCUUACCGCCUUGGUAUGACCUACUUUGCUGACAUGCACAACGAAGAGUACAAACACGUGAUCUCUCGGGGCUGCCUGGGCUUCAACGCUUCUACGCCCCGUGCUGGCUCUACCUUCUUCCGGCUGCCUGAAGGCACCAAGCUGCCCAACGAGGUUGACUGGAGGGACAGGGGAUACGUCACUGGUGUCAAGGAUCAGAAGCAGUGUGGUUCCUGCUGGGCCUUCAGUGCAACUGGCUCGCUGGAGGGUCAGACCUUCAAGAAGACAGGAAAACUGGUGUCCCUGAGUGAGCAGCAGUUGGUGGACUGCUCUGGUGACUAUGGCAACAUGGGCUGCACGGGAGGCUGGAUGGACUACGCCUUCAAGUACAUCCAGGCCAAUGGAGGGAUUGACACUGAGGUCUCCUACCCCUAUGAGGCUGAGGAUUUGAAGUGCCGUUUCAACCCCACAACUGUUGGCGCCACAUGCACAGGCUACGUUGAUGUGAAACAAGGUGAUGAAGAUGCCCUGAAGGAGGCCGUGGCCACCGUUGGACCAGUAUCUAUCGGCAUCGAUGCUUCUCCACUGUCCUUCCAGCUCUAUCAAUCAGGAGUGUAUGAUGAACCCGAUUGCAGCAGCGUUGAGUUGGACCAUGGUGUUCUGGCUGUGGGUUAUGGUACUGACAGUGGAAAGGACUACUGGCUGGUUAAGAACAGCUGGGGUCUGGGAUGGGGAGACCAGGGAUACAUCAAGAUGUCCAGGAACAAGGACAACCAGUGCGGUGUUGCAACUGCAGCCAGCUACCCCCUCGUGUAAACAGGCCCAGAAGUUUCCUCGGCUAGGAGAAGAAUUGUGAGAUAUAAUUUACUUUAAUUUUUUUUUUUAAUAAAAGAAACUACUGAGUUGUACAAAAGUACUGUACUUCUGUUCAUUCUUGGACGUUAUUGGGGAACAGACUCUGUAUUUGCCCUGUUGCACUUUUAAUAGAAACUCUUGUAAUGAAGAUUGUAAAUGAACACAAACAAAUAAAAAGUUUCACACUGAGCUUUAAAAAUUA